AUGGCUGACGGAUACGCACGUCUCACAAACAAACCGCAAUGUGUGAUCGUUCAUGUGGACGUGGGUACUCAAGCACUGAGCUCUGCUAUUCACAAUGCCUCGUGUGGUCGUUGCCCCGUGCUCAUUUUCGCUGGUCUGUCUCCUUUCACCGCGGAGGGAGAAAUGCGAGGAUCUCGCACGGAAUAUAUUCACUGGAUACAGGAUGUACCAGAUCAAAGGCAGAUUGUUUCUCAAUACUGCCGAUAUACUGCUGAGAUUAAAACCGGGAAAAACAUCAAGCAGAUGGUCAAUCGAGCUCUUCAAUUUGCCACAAGCGCCCCCACUGGCCCUGUCUAUUUAGUGGGCGCAAGAGAGGUAAUGGAGGAAGAAAUCGAACCAUAUUCCAUUGAGCAGAAGCAUUGGGGGGCUGUCUAUCCAGCAGCACUCCCAAUAAGCGGUGUGGAGCAAAUUUCAGAAGCCAUCGUCUCGGCUCAACUACCCCUCGUCAUUGUAGGGUAUUUAGGCCGCCACGAGAGAGCGGUCAAGCAGCUUGUCCAUCUUGCCGACAUUAUUCCUGGCCUUCGUGUCCUUGAUGCAGGUGGUAGCGACAUGUCUUUUCCUGCAAACCAUCCUGGCUGGCUUGGCUUGCGUGUCAGCGGCCAUGAGGCAAUCAAAACUGCAGACGUUAUUCUGGUAAUAGACUGUGAUGUUCCAUGGAUACCUACACAAGGAAAACCACUUUCGUACGCCAAGAUAUUUCAUAUCGAUGUGGACCCAUUAAAGCAACAGAUGCCUUUGUUUUAUAUUCCCUCACUGGCAACGUUCCGGGCCGAUGCUGGAACAGCCCUGGAACAGCUAAACACAUACAUCUCAUCGCAGAAUACGCUCACCGAUAUGAUGUCCACAGAGGCUUAUGUGAAACGGUCUAUUGCCGUGAGAGAAUCUUAUUCGGAACGUCUGCGAUUGCUGGCAGAAAAGGCUGCUAGACCACAGGGGGUCGACGCUCCUUUUAAUCCAGAAUACCUUUUCUCGCAGGUUCGAAGCGCGUGCCCAGAAGAUACUAUUUGGGCAGUGGAAGCCGUCACUCUCGCUGAGCGUGUUUCUGCCCACAUCCAAGCCACGUUCCCCAAAUCCUGGAUUAACUGCGGAGGAGGAGGUCUCGGCUGGUCUGGUGGUGGUGCGCUUGGUAUUAAACUCGCAACGGAUGACCAACACGGUGGGCGUGGAAAGGGAAAAUUUGUUUGUCAAGUUGUUGGAGACGGAACGUUCCUUUUUAGCGUUCCUGGGUCGGUGUACUGGAUCGCCCGCCGAUACGAGAUCCCUGUUUUGACAAUCGUUCUCAAUAACAAAGGUUGGAAUGCACCUAGAAACAGUUUAUUGCUUGUGCAUCCAGAUGAGGCUGGCUCUCGUGCCACUAAUGAGGAGUUGAAUAUUUCGUUUGCACCAACACCAGACUAUGCUGGAAUUGCAAAAGCGGCUGCUGGUGGUAAACUUUGGGCCGGCCGUGCGGGAACUGUGGAGGAAUUAGCCAAACUAUUGCCAGAGGCGGUUCGAAGUGUUCUGGAUGGGAAGGGUGCUGUUUUAGAGGCGCAGCUAAAUGGAAAAGACGGAAAAUACGCCGGGAAUUAG